UUUUCCAAAAAAAAAACUCUACACACCAAACUGAGCCAGUUUUCCCCAGCUCUGUUCUAUCAUAGAUGGAUUGGGGACAGUAGCAGAAAAGGGAGGAUCAAUGAAGACAGGAUCAAACAUCCUUUUUAACCAAGGCAAAAAAGAAUUAACCCCUUAGGGUUUCCACAGUGAGUAUAACAAGCACGCUUUACUGCAUAUACAGACUGAUUUUACUGGGGGGUUUAGUAACACUU